AUGAACAAAUUAACCAUAAUGUUUAAUGUUUUAACUAUUUUUUUAUUGGGAACAGUUUCUGGUACAAUGAUUGCCCAACAAAAUGAUGAAAAUUGCGAGACAUUAACAUCAGAAAUUCACAUAACAAAAGAUGAGUACAACGAGGCUGCAAUUUUAGUUAGAACUUGCAGUGAUGAUGUUUCUGUUACAAAAUGUGAAGGAUUUUGUAAUUCUCAAGUUCAACCAAGUAUAUCAACUCCCACUGGUUUUCUCAAGGAGUGUUUCUGUUGUCGUGAAAGCUACUUGAAAGAACGAAUGGUUACACUACAUCAUUGUUAUGAUGCUGAUGGUGUCAAACUUGAUGGUGAAAUGUCAACAAUGGAAAUAAAACUUCGUGAACCAGCUGAUUGCAAAUGCUUCAAGUGUGGUGUUGAUGAGUGUCAAGUUACUAGAGUUCUUCACACUCUUAGAGCUCCUGGAUGUGUACCAAAAUUAAUUGCAAGUUAUGCUUGUACUGGUCGUUGCAGUAGCUAUUUACAAGUUUCAGGAUCAAAAGAUUGGCAAAUGGAGAGAAGUUGCAUGUGUUGUCAAGAAAGUGGUGAACGUGAAGCAAGCGUAUCACUUUAUUGUCCAAAGGCUAAACCUGGAGAAAAAAAAUUUCGAAAGGUGAUAACAAAAGCACCUUUGGAAUGCAUGUGUCGUCCAUGUACCAGUGUCGAGGAAUAUUCAAUAAUACCUCAAGAAAUUGCUGGUUUUGCUGAGGAAGGACCAUUAACAUCAUCUGCCCAUUUUCGUCGAUCAACAAGUAUCCAAUGAAUAAAAAAAAAAUAUUCAAUCAAUCGAAAAAUAAAUAAACGACAUAUAAUAAAAAUUUAAUCAAACA